UUUUGUCUCAUUCGAGUCUCAGAAUUUGUUAUGAACAUUAUUUCAUAUAAUUAAGUAAAUAAACAGUGGUUACAACAAUAUUUUAUUACUCGAAGUGUAAAUAAACUAUUGGUUAGCCGUCGUAGAUUUGUUGUUACGAGAAUAGUAUAUAUUUACAGUGUUAUCGCGUUUGUUUUCUUUUUUCUAAUGUGGUCGAUGAUGUAAGAAACCUAAGGUUCUAUUAAGGCUUUGUGAUCUUGCAUUGUUGUUAUUUUUGGGUGCUUAAUAUUUUCGUAAUGGAGGGUGAAGAAGGCAGUAUGGUAAAUAAUGAUAAAGAUGAUUAUGAGAGUAGUUCCCAUUCUACGCCUCAAGAGCACAAAUCUUUCGCGGAAUUUGCGAAAGAUAAAUUAGACAGCGCGGGACGAGAGCUUCGCAGGCGGCUCCCAAUGGCUGGACAGCUUGGGGCUCACUUGAUGCAUCCAAGACGCUUGCUUCUGCACUCCACUCCAACACAACACACAGAUGUUGUGUUGAUAUUCCCUAAAGGGCUUCCCGACAGCAUGUUACUAUGGUUACUGCAGAAACUUCGAAGCAGUCGACCACGGCUGCGUGUGUGUGUUAGACAUCAUUCGUCGUCACAAUGCUCCGCCUUCUACAUAACUGCUGAUGAUGAUGUGCUUUUACAAACUGCUGAGGAAGUCCACCUCCCGAAGUUACUGAAGCCGGAGUUUGGCGGUGGUUACAAGGAGUUCACUGUACGCGACAUGCAUUGUUUCCAAAAGGGUACGUCCGCAUCGGAACUGUUAAACUCUCAAGAGCGGGGAGCACUCGUCAAACAUGUGUUGGAGUCAGCUCGCGCCGAGCCCGGCGAUGAGCAUGCACUCGAACCUGCGUUAACACUCCGGCCUGGACAAAGCAUUGUCCCGGCGUGUGUGAGUAGAGGUGUCGUAGCCAGUAUGUUCCCUCUUCACGAGAGAAACGCUCUCGAAAGCCUCAGGAAAAAGUGGGUGAAAACGUUAUUCUCCCCACAGCCUUUAGAUGAAAUAAGUGAAUAUUUUGGUGUUAAAAUUGCGAUGUAUUUCGCUUGGCUUGGACAUUAUACCCAGUCACUGACGGUACCAGCAGCUGUUGGUUUUCUAUUUUGGAUUUGGUUGGGCACAGCAAAUGACAACUGGAAGGAUAUAGCCUAUGUAUUGUUCUCACUUUUCAACGUGUUAUGGGCCUGCGUGUAUUUAGAAACUUGGAAAAGGUAUUCAAAUGUUUUAGCGUACAAAUGGGGAACAUUGGAUCAGAGAGAUGAGUUAUUAGUGGAACCGAGACCACUCUUUCAGGGCGAGAUGGGCACUAGCCCCGUGACUGGGCGGCCGGAGCCGCAUUACGCGGCGUGGCGAAGGCGCAUGUGGCGCCAUCUAGUGUCGCUGCCGGUGAUGCUCGUCUGUCUCACGGUCGCAGCCGCAGCCACAUUCGGAUUCUUACGAGCACAGGACUGGUGGGAGGGCAAUGUUAUAUACCUCACCUGGAUCCCACGGACUUUUCUCGCCAUCAUAAUCUGGGUUGAGGAGGAGGUGUAUGCAAGAAUAGCCAGGUGGCUCAACGAUAAAGAGAACUAUCGUCUCGAGACAAAAUAUGAGAAUCACCUGAUUGUGAAAAUAGCAUUGUUUCAGUUCGUGAACUCAUUCAUGAGUUUGUUCUACAUUGCGUUUUAUCUUCAAGAUAUGGAUAAAUUGAAGGAGCAACUAGCCGUGUUGCUUAUAACGAGACAAGUAAUUGGCAAUCUGAAGGAAUCCGCGUUGCCAUAUCUUAUAGAAAACCUCAGGCUGGCGAAGAUAUGUGUUGAUGUGUUUGGUGCGAUAAGUCCAAGUAAAAUACCAACAUCUACUGAACUCGCAGAGCUAUUCGAAAAGAAAACAGACUCAGGGGAAUUGCUGGAGAAUACUUUAAUUAAUGGAAGCGCUGAGAAGGAGGAACGAAGAGACUCAGAGCCGAUAGUGGGCCAGAAAAUCAUACACCAGGCUGAGUUGGAGUCACAACUGUUCAAGUACGAGGGAACAUUCGCGGAGUACCUGGAGAUGCUGACGCAGCUGGGCCACGUGGUGCUGUUCUCGUCCGCGUUCCCGCUGGCGGGCGUGUGCGCGCUCCUCAACAACGCGGCUGAAGUACGCGCCGACGCCUUCAAGCUGUGCCACGUCGCGCAGAGACCCUUCGGGGAACGAGUUUCCAGCGUCGGCAGCUGGCAGCACGCGAUGGAGGCGAUGGUGGGCGUGGCGGUGUUGGUGAACUGCGCCCUGAUCGGUCUGUCGGGCCCCGUGCACCGCCUGCUGCCCGACGCCGCGCCCGCGCACACCGUGCUGCUCAUAGUGGCUCUCGAGCAUGUCAUCUUGAUAGUGGUGCUCGCACUGCGUAUCGCGAUACCAGAGAUUCCCGGCUGGCUUGCUACCGAGAUGGCUAAAGUGGAAUUCCAACGACGGGAAGCAAUCAAAAAUGCACACGCACCGCUUAUGUCGGAAUGCCCGAGCCAGGACGACGUGCGCGUGUGGUCCCGCGCCCCCGCCACCCCCGCCACCCCCGCGCGGACCCCCACGCGGACGCCCACCACCCCCAAGGGGGCCGACCGCGCCGACCGCACCCACCGCCGACUUAACAUCGGCAAGAUACCAGAAAUACCACCCUUCAGGAACGUGGACAUUUCCAGGCCUAAGGCGGCGUCUAUAACGGAACCCGUUGUGAAUACUGGCUCUUUGCAGCUUUUGCAAGAUGUGAGUCCAACGAAGCCUAUACGGCGUAAGGAAGCGACGGGCGGGGCACCACUGUCGCUGCUAGGUGUACGAGGACUGCGGGAUGAACCAUUGCAUCGUUCGGCGCAUUGCAUCCCACAGCCGGCACACCAUCGACCCCUCGUCAACCCCACUCUACAGGAAUUGUCGGGGAGUGUGAGCGCUGGCGGUUCUGAGCCAGAUUUGAACGCUGUACCGUCUGCCUCGCCUUCUAUCGACGCUAGCGCCACCUCCAGCGAGGACGAUAAACCCAAGGAUAAAGGGGGCCGGUCCCGGGCGAAGGCGGCGCUGGUGAAGCGUGUGCGGUCGGUGGCGGUGUUCUCUCUGGGCCUGAAGCGCGCGCGCGAGGCGGCGGCGGCGUCCCGCGCGCCCGCACACACGCCGCACACGCCCGACAAGGCCACGCUGGGUCUACCAGCACCUAUGUUGGGGGGUGAACUGUCACUAAUACCGAUAGAGCAACUUAUACAAGUGGAGGAUGUUAAACGUAAUUAGGUGCAUUUAGUAAAUACAGACACGGGGAUUGAACGCCGGAUAAUAACAACUGAAAGCUUAAGGCCGGCCGCAUAUUCAUCAUCAUCAGCCCAUUGCAGUCCACUGCUGGACAUGGGCCUCUCCCAAGGCAUACCACUGGGCGCGAACAUCGCCCCUUUUUUUUAUCCAAUAUUGGGUCUAAUUCGAAGGGGUCUAAGACACAUAUAUG